CGUCACCGUCCCGUCCGCGUCGUCUGUGGGCGGGCAGGCCCUGGGUGCUGGUGGACGGGCGUGCCGCUGGUGGUCAUGGCUACUCGCCGAGCUCUGCACUUCGUAUUCAAAGUGGGAAACCGCUUCCAGACGGCGCGUUUCUAUCGUGAUGUCCUGGGGAUGAAGGUUCUGCGGCAUGAGGAAUUUGAAGAAGGCUGCAAAGCUACCUGUAAUGGGCCUUAUGAUGGGAAAUGGAGUAAAACAAUGGUGGGAUUUGGACCUGAGGAUGAUCAUUUUGUUGCAGAACUAACUUACAAUUAUGGCGUCAAAGACUACAAGCUUGGCAAUGACUUUAAGGGCAUCACAGUCGCUUCUAGCCAGGCUGUCAGCAAUGCCCAGAAGCUGAAGUGGCCACUCACUGAAAUUGCAGAAGGUGUUUUUGAAACUGAGGCCCCAGGAGGAUAUAAGUUCUAUCUGCAGAAUCGAAGUCCACCUCAGUCAGAUCCUGUAUUAAAAGUAACUCUAGCCGUGUCUGAUCUUCAGAAGUCCUUGAACUACUGGUCUAAUCUACUGGGAAUGAAAAUUUAUGAAAAAGAUGAAGAGAAGCAAAGGGCUUUGCUUGGCUAUGCUGAUAACCAGUGUAAGCUGGAGCUACAGGGCAUCAAGGGUGCAGUUGAUCAUGCAGCAGCUUUUGGAAGAAUUGCCUUUUCUUGUCCCCAAAAAGAGCUGCCUGACUUAGAAGACUUGAUGAAAAGGGAGAAGCAGAAGAUUCUGACUCCCCUGGUGAGUCUGGAUACCCCCGGGAAAGCAACGGUACAAGUGGUCAUUCUGGCCGACCCUGAUGGACAUGAAAUUUGCUUUGUGGGGGAUGAAGCAUUUCGAGAACUUUCUAAGGUGGAUCCAACAGGAAACAAGUUGUUGGAUGACGCAAUGGCAGCAGAUAAAAGUGAUGAAUGGUUUGCUAAACAAAUUAAACGUAAAUAGAAGACAUCACGUGGAACAAGCAUUUACGAUUCCUGUCUAUCACCUGCGAGGUUUGAUGUGUCCAUUCAUAAUAAAUGCUCUCACAACUUGGUUGUUUCCUGUAUAGGCAAGGAAGCUGGGGUGGUGAAGAUUUGUGUAUUUUAAUCUUUGAAAGCUCUGAUAUGUUUUAGGUAUAAAUCCUUUUAUUGUCAGUCCAGUUAGAGGAGAACUCUGACUGUAAUCUUCACUGUCACUUGAAUGGCCCAAUGUGUAUAACCAUAUUAAAUUAGUAAUAAAUUAUUUUCCAGCCUGGGGCAGCUAUAUGGGACAUUACCCUUGGUUUGGGAUGGAAGGAAUUUUAAUAAGCAUGUGGAUUUUAUGAAAAACUUAUUUGUAAAAUAAAUUUUGUUCCUUGAACCAAAAUAUUUAAUUAACAUUCCCACAUUCCUUGCUUUAAAAUUUUGAGUAGCCAGAAAAAACAGACAGAAGGAUCUUAUGUGUUGUGUAGCUAUACACCUGGCUCUGUGCUAGUUUCCUUAUAUAAUUUUUUAAAAUCUUCACAAAAAGAGAACACAUUAAAUUUCUUUAAAAUGGAUUAGACGA